CAAAGUUCCUGGGGGCAUAACUGGCGGGAUUGCGAAUGCGGUGUCAGUGAAGUUACAUGUUACCACUCUGAUGUUACGAAGUCAAGUUAUGGCAACAGCAGAGCUUCCGACUCGUUGCCGAGAGGUUGAACGCAAGUUCAAGGUGCCUCCCGACAUCGAGCAACGCCUGCUUGCGCUUGGGGCACCCCUCGUGUCGCGAAAGACUUUCGUCGACACUUACUUCGACACGGAAGACUACAUUCUCAGCCUGCGAGACCACUGGCUCAGACUUCGCACCGUUGAUAACAGCAACACGUGGGAGCUGAAGCAUCGCAAGAAGGGAGACGUGACUCGCGGCCCAGCCACCGCAUACAGAGAAGAGCGCGGCGACAGUCAGAUAAUGGCGACUCUCGGAGAAGUACUUCCACGUCAGACCGAGGAAGUGUCGCGGGUCAGCGACCUGGUCACCAACGGCACACUGCGGGAGUUGGCAGUGAUCAAGACCGACCGCAAGACGUUUAGAGCGCCAGGAAACGCCGUUGUCGACAUCGACGAGACCGACUGGGGCUUCUCGGUCGGCGAGAUAGAGGUCGUGCUCGCCGAGUCUGACGACGGAUCGGACCUCCCUGGAGACGUUGACAGGGCGACCGCGGAGAUUGCGGCGCUUUCUGCCCAGCUUGGCAUCGGCCAGGAAGGUCCACCGCAUGAAGGAAAAGUGGAAAGCUGCCUGAGACUUCGACGGCCCGAGCUGUACAACCGUCUAGUUGAGUGCAUAUGGUAUUGCCAGAAAAGCUGAACACGCCCGAUUUUAGGUUGGAAGAAAGCUGUACUGUCAGAGUAAGCGCUGCAUGGCACAACGCGAUGGCAUGCGGAAUGG